UUCUGACCGAAUCUUUUCAGUGAGAGGCUUCUGGAUCUUUGUAGAUCGAUUGUAAUUUAACACAUAAUGCGAUGACAUUUUGCAAGCGUUUUGCCCACGAAAACUGCAUUCAGCAUCAUAUGAAAAGAAAUCAAUGUCACCUCUGUCGCUGCUGUCACGCUCAUUCUUGACAACGUCGUUAGUACCCAGAUGACUUCAUACACCUAGAUAUCGCUUUACUGUAUCUCAAUCAGAGAGGGUUACCACUGGGGUUUGGACAGAAAUACCAAGCAACAGAUAAGCCGAAGGAUCAACAGUUUGAUUAAAGCUUACAAUACACAAUCUCACUGGAGCUCGUUCAUUAAGGUUAUCUGUGUCAUGCAGCAGAAAGUGUGCACACGCAACACAGCGCUGUUUGUGAAGAACGGGCAGGCGUGUGGAGCCGGAGCCCCUCCUCAACUCCCUUUCCGCUGCCCACGAUGUGGAGAGCAUGAACGUUUCCACAGUCUUUCUUCUCUCAGAGCCCAUCUAGAAUACAGCCAUCCGUUCCACACCAAACAUGACAUCAGCCUCCUAUCCACGAGGGAUCUCUCAAACACAGAACGCAUGGAAAGCUGCAAAACCUCCAAUUCUGACAUGCAUAAAGUACGUGAUGCCGGCACCAAUACUAACUCAACCGCGAGAGGAGAGCACAAGCACUUAUUUGGCGCUGACCAAACUCCAUCGCAGCAGCCCACAGAGCAAAAGCUUGUGCCACCGGAGAGGAGCCUCAGCGUUGGGGAUGCAUCGGCUGGAGCCGGACCCCUUUCUGCUCCAGUGGCAUCAGUGGAGAAGAGGCUGGAGGGGAUGAUGAGGACAGCCAACAGCAGCAUGGAAAGGCGGCUGCUGCGGCUGAGUUCAGAGCUGGCACAGACAGACACGGCUAUCCUGUGUGAGCGUGCUCACUCGCAUCACCUGGCCCAGGAGAAACAGGAAGUGCUGGAGCGAGAGCGGGCGCUCAGCAGACAGGUAGACGCUGCCGUUAUGGUGAUCGCCACACUGAGGCAGCAACUCAGCAUCUCAGAGCACGAGUUGGAGAGGAGAGAACAGGAAGUUAUUACCAUCCAGAAGUUUCUGGAAGCAGCUGCUCAGCAUGAGAUGUGUGGGAAGGUUCGUUUGCGUCGGUUCAUCGAGAAUCUCUUGCGGAGGAUUUCCCUGGCAGAGAGACUACUGGAAUAUUAUCAAAGCGCCCCCCACAGGCAUUAUUGCACAGCUCACUCUGUGCCUCUGCCAUCAGAGCUCGGUCCACAUAGAAUAACACAAAGCAGGUCUUCAGGAGACCAUCUUGAGCAGGAUGAAGAGCAGCAGUUACUUGGUCAGUCUGGAUGGGGACUGUCUAAAGCUUCUUCUGGAAGACUGGGUUAUGACAGCUGGUCCCAGCGGAGGAGGUCAGAUGGGUAUGAGGUUUAGGGACAGAGGUGGAGCUUAGCAAUGAAUGUAUAAGCAAAUAACACUAUUUAAAAUAUUAAUAAAUAAAUAUAUUGAGUAUGAUACAGUGGGGUCCAAAGUCUGAGACCACAUUGAAAUCGGGUGGUUUUUUUAAAUAAAUUAUUACUUGUAUUCAGUAAGGGUGCAUUAAAUUGAUCAAAAGUGACAGUACAGGCAUUUGAAGAAACUGAAACAUGAAAAUUAUUAUGUGAAUAAUGUAAUAGCAGACUUUUGGUCCCCACUGUACGUAAAAAUGAGUUAUACAAAAGCCCAAAACAACAGCGAUGUCCGACUACAGAUGGCUGAUUAGUUAUUUGAUACUUAUUUGAUUCUUGAAUGUAAUUAUGGUCCAUCUGUGAAAUAUUUUAAUGAAAAGAUUGGCUGUAGAAUGAUCACAUUGUGAAGCUGCCCUUUAAUUCAAAAACAUACAGCUGCCAUUACAGGUUGCUUACAUGAAUGGACACUAUAGUUAGUAAUGUUAUAUGCUUGUUGUUUUCUAACUAACACUACUGUUCAGGAAAAUGAAUGUAGUUAUAUUAUCUAAAUGCAGGAUGAUGUUAAAACAAAACCUGUGUGGUACAGGUCGGAUCUUUUGCCACUUUAAGCUUGUAGUUUGUUCACAAACAUUCUCAUAGAAAAUGCACUUGUUUCUGCAAGAAGAAAAAGUAUGUAGCAAAUAUUGAAAUCAUUUACUUGGCUCUUUUUUUGAAGGUGUAUUUUAAAUAGUGGUGCUACAUUUUAAGGGAUGGAUAUACAUUUUCCUGUUUAUGUUAGCCAGCCUCAUUAAAAGGAGAGAGAGGAAACUUUAACAGAGAAGAAAGUUCUCUUUUUUUAAAAAAAACAAACAAACAAACAAGCAGCUAUUGGAAUAUGUAUAGAUGUUUUAAGUGUUCUUAAAUUCAUUGCCAAGAAGUUUGAUAAUAGAUCCUUUUUGCCAUUCUGUAAAAUUGGAGCAAUAGCACUUAAGGUCUUUGGCUGAACUGUGAAACAAUUCUGUAAAGGAAUGUAUUUUACAGGGAUAGUUCACCCAAAAAUGAAAAUCUCUCAAUAGUGUUCUCUGAAGAUAUAUUUAGUACGAAAGCCAAUUUCCGCCACUGAAUAAAAAAUUAAAAAAAAUGUUAUUGCGACUUUUUACCUCACAAUUCUGACUUUUUUUCUCAGAAUUGCCAGAUAUAAACUUACAAUUGCAAGUUAAAAAGUCAGAAUUGCAAGACAUAUAGUUCGAAUUGUGGGAUAUAAACUUGCAAUUGCGAGAAAAAAAGUCAUAAUUGCGAGUUUAUCUCAGUUCUGACUUUUUUUUUUUUUUUUUCAGAAUUGCUCGAUACAAACUUGAAAUUCUGGCAUUUUUUCUCAGAAUUGUCAGAUAUAAACUCCCAAUUGCAAGUUAUAAAGUCAGAAUUGCAAGAUAUAAACAGGCAAUUCUGACUUUUUUUCUGAGAACUGUGGGAUAUAAACUCGCAAUUGCGAGAAAAAGUCAGAGUUGUGAGAUACAAACACAAUUUUGAGAAAAAAAGUCAAAAUUGCAAGUUUAUUUCAAUUCGGACUUUUUUCUCAGAAUUUCAUGAUACAGACUUAAACUCUUCUUUUUUCUCAAAAUUGUCAGAUAUAAACUCACAACUGCAAGUAAUAAAGUCAGAAUUGCGAGAGACAAAUGCAAUUCUGAUUUAUAAAGUCAGAAUUAAAAGUUUAUAUCUCAGUUCUUUUUUUUUUUUAAACAGCCCUUGAUUUUUAUUUUCUUGAAUGUGUUUUUUUAUUUUUUUAUUUUUAAUCUCAGUUCUGACUUUUUUCUCAGAAUUGCUUGUUUGUAUCUAGCAAUGGGCUUCCAUAAUUCUGAGAAACGGUUUGAAUGUUUUUUUUUUAAAUAAUGGAAGUCAAUGGUCAACAAAAACAGGUUACAACUGGUUAUACCAACAUUUUUCAAAAUAUCUUCUUUUUUGUUUUGCAGAGGAAAGAAAUGGAUUCAGGUUUGGAAUGUCAUGAGAGUAAGCAAAUGAUUUGGUUACAAAAGUUUUGAGAAUUUCCAUUUUUUGGGUAAGCUAUCCUGUUAAGUAAUUAUAGCAUUGAAAUUAAAUUAACAUUCCAUAUUCAAAAAUCUUAAGCUCUAUGGACAGCUUCUGACUGUUCUGCUGUUUUUUUACAAGACACAAUUCAUUUUUGUGAAAUUCAGUAGUAUAUUACAGACACCAUAAAGCUUAACUUGUACAAAGAGCUUAAAGAGUUAGUUCACCGAAAAAUGAAAAUUCAGUCAUUAAUUACUCACCCUCAUGUCGUUCCAAAACUAUAAGACCUUCGUUCAUCUUCUGAACACAAGUUAAGAUAUUUUUGAUCAAAUCUGAGAGCUUUCUGUCCCUGCAUAGACACUAAUGGAACUGACACAUUCAAGGCCCGGAAAGGUAGUAAGGACAUCAUUACAAUAGUGGUUCAAGAUUAAUGUCAUUUUGUGCACAAAGAAAACAAAAAUAAUAACUUUAUUCAACAAUUUCUUUCUUCUGUGUCAAAGAAAACGGUGUCAGAAAGCUCUCGGAUUUCAUCAAAAAUAUCUUCAUUUGUGUUCCAAGGAAUGACAUGAGGGUGAGUAAUUAAUGACAGAAUUUUCAUUUUUGAGUGAACUAACCCUUUAACUCGAAAAUAUUUGAAUUCUCAGUCAGUUCAUUCUCAGCUCUAUACAACUGGAGCAAUAGCACUUAUUUUCAUCUUUGGCAAAACUGUGAGACGAUAGCAGUAUACUACCAAAGUCCAUUAAAGGAGACAUCGGAUGCCCAUUUUCCAGAUUCUUUAGGGUCUUCAUAUGUAUGUACCAUACUUUAGUUAAAAUUCCUUGAUGUUGUGUAAAACAACACCCUUUUUACCUUGUCAAAACAGCUCUGUUCACAGUGACCCAUUUCAGUGCAUGUCUCUUUAAAUGAUAAUGAGCUACUGUUCACUCCAGAUGUCAGUAUAUCCGUAUAUGGCACGGAGGUGGUCUUAUUUAAAUAGCUAUCUGUCUACAUAGAAACCAGCUUCAAACUGAAACAGCUUGCUGCAUGACACAGUUUCAGACUCAGACAGCCCAUAACAAACUGGCUGCAUGUUUUAUUUUAAGCUUUUCUGAGCUGGCAUGCAUGCCAGAAACCUAACUCAGUGCAAAAAGAGGAGAAAAUGUGAACAUUUCAUCUGAUGUCCCUUUUAAUGUACAAAAAAUAAAAAGGGUAUUGCCUAUAAGCCAACAGAUCUGAGGAACAGGGUAGUGCUUUUGGCAGAGUUUGCUGCAUUAUAAAUAGUUUGUAGUGGUCUAGAAAGGACCACUGCAUGCACAUAUUUGGGUAGAACCUUUAUUUGACUUUGAUUUUAUUGCACUUCGACUUCACGGUAUUCAAAAUCAAUGUUAUGUAAAUACUAGUACCAGGGUAGAUCUCAUUCACAGCACCUUAGUCUUGAUAUGAAACCAGUCAGUUGCGAAAUGAGGGCAUUUGCUAACAUUUCAGCUCAGGCUACUUACGUUCUAAAUUUUUCCCAUAUUAUUCUACAAGUUGCAUGUGACCAGCUAAAUAAGGCCUUUCGGCUUCAUGUGUGAUACUUUUACCUUUUUAGAAAAAAAUAUAUAAAUGAACAUCCCAGCAUAACAAAUGGCACUUGGAUUUUGAGUACAGAAGACGAAAGUUUAAAAAAGACUAGUUAUAAUUCUUGUUUUAACCUCUGUUUGUGCUGUUUUGUUCAGUGGUGGCAAUGUCAUCCACUCCAUUGUGUGCUCAGUUCUGACACUGUGAUUACAAUCUUAUUUUGUCUUUUGUGGUUCCUUCAUGUUUCUGUAUCACUAGUUUAUGUUGUGUUUCCUUAGAAGGAGAUCUAAAGUACUGUAGUGCCGUGUGAGCAUGAGGUAGUUCACAUCCAUCAGUAUUUUAUUGUGAGUGAGCAUGCUAUAAUGCUUUAUCCAGUGGCUUGUGCAAUAUGUGACAAUAUUUUCAUAACGGGAGGAAAAGAAACAGCACUGUACAGAAGAAAUUUGGAGGACAUUAUAGGGUCAAAAAAAGAUCAAGUAGGGCUCAACCUAAUUCACAUGUGCUUUUAUUUCUGUAUUUAUUUAUUGUAGAUCUGAUCUGAGACAGUGUAUUUUAUUGUCUCAUAUCAGUACCAACUAAUGUUAUGGAUACUGAGCAUAAACCACCAUUUAUAAAAACUGACAAUGUUUUUUGACAGACUGAAAAUAUAAAGAUGGAUGAUGCUAAAAAAUAAAAUUAAUAGGCUACUAGUUAGUUGCUAAUCUAUCAUAUUUCAGUUCCUUAUAAUAUUUGGCCUUUUUUCUGUCAGGUUCACAAUGUACUAAAGAGUUAUUUAUCUAUUUUACAUUAUAAUGUGUGGUUUUCAGGUGUUCAGAAUAGAUUUUGGUACUUACAACAUCAACCAUCAUACCAGGCUUUACAUUAAAAUAAUUAUUAUCUGUCAUAUCAAUAAAACUUUGUAUAAUGAUGCAUAUCUACAAUAGUUGUGUGAAUUAGGUUGGACCCUAGAAGUGUAGUAUGCCAUUAUAGAUGUGACAAUCAGAAGUAGAACAAAGCUUAAUAGCUUAAACGUUUUUUGUUCUAUUGUUUGGUGUUUCUUGAUAAUACUGAGUAUAAUUUGAGCUAAUGUUUAAUGUCGUGCCAUGUUGUUUUUUGUUCAAAAUAUUGAAUUUGUUUUCUCUAGACUUAAUUAUCUUAAUGUUUGUGCCUUUCUCUUUGAACAUUGUUGUCUGUAUUACACUUGUGAUACUGUGAGAACUGAAGUCUCACGUGAUCCUUGCUGCUGUACGUGAUAUUAUAGAAAUGAGAUUAGAAUUGAUCAUUAAAGAUUGAUUUGUUAAUGCUAUGCCUGUUUUCCAUCUCUUGUGGCAACUGCAGCAUUAUUAAAAUCUGAAUGGUCAUUCAUUUGAUCAGA